UUCGCAUCAUUCUCUUGUCAUUCCUACUCUUGGGCGCACAAAAAAAGCGUUGUUUUUUUGUCUUUUGGAAUAAAACGCAUGCCGGUUUCUAGAAAAUAGACAAAAAAUAUAGGAAAUAAUUAAAUAUUAUUCAAAUCUACAACAGUUGCAUUAUAAUUAAAAACUAUGAGCGAUACUUUGGAAUAUGAUAUUUCGGCAGAAGUCAGAGGAGUAAUGACUCCCGGACGUCUAAAAAUGACCGAACAACAAAUUGUUUUCAAGAAUAGCAAAACGGGUAAAGUGGAGCAAAUUCCAGCCGAUGACAUAGAUUUAAUUAAUUCCCAGAAAUUUGUGGGCACUUGGGGUUUGAGAAUCUUUACCAAGAAUGGUAAUUUACAUCGUUUUGUCGGCUUUAAGGAUAGUGAAAAUGAAAAGCUGGGCAAAUUCAUUAAGAAAACCUAUAAUCAGGAUUUGGUGGAAAAGGAAAUGUGUGUCAAGGGUUGGAAUUGGGGUACAGCCAAGUUUCAGGGUUCUGUUCUUAGUUUUGACAAAGAUCACAAAACCAUCUUUGAAGUGCCCUUGUCACAUGUUUCACAAUGUAUGACUGGUAAAAAUGAGGUAACUUUAGAAUUUCAUCAGAAUGAUGAUGCUCCUGUGGGUCUAAUGGAAAUGCGUUUCCAUAUACCCAUAGUGGAGUCGGCUGAGGAUGAUCCCGUGGAGACAUUCCAAACAAAUGUUAUGAACAAAGCCUCGGUUAUAUCUGCUUCGGGUGAUGCUAUUGCUAUAUUCCGCGAGAUUCAUUGUCUGACGCCCAGAGGUCGUUAUGAUAUUAAAGUUUUCUCUACCUUCUUCCAACUGCACGGUAAAACUUUUGAUUACAAAAUUCCCAUGGAUUCAGUGCUGCGUUUGUUUUUAUUGCCUCAUAAGGACAAUCGACAAAUGUUCUUUGUUUUGUCUUUGGAUCCUCCCAUAAAACAAGGUCAAACACGUUACCACUAUUUGGUUUUACUCUUCAGUCCCGAAGAGGAAACUUCAAUUGAAUUGCCUUUCUCGGAGGAAGAAUUAAAAGAGAAAUAUGAGGGUAAAUUGGAAAAAGAGAUAUCGGGCCCGCUCUAUGAAGUCAUGGGCAAGGUAAUGAAAGUUUUAAUAGGACGCAAGAUUACAGGACCCGGCAAUUUUAUAGGACACUCCGGCACCGCUGCUGUGGGCUGUUCCUUUAAAGCUGCCGCUGGCUAUCUCUAUCCCUUAGAACGUGGUUUCAUUUACAUCCACAAGCCACCCAUACACAUACGUUUCGAGGAAAUUGCCUCGGUUAAUUUUGCCCGUAGUGGUGGUUCAACACGUAGUUUUGAUUUUGAAGUAACACUCAAAAAUGGCACCAUUCACAUUUUCUCCUCCAUCGAAAAGGAAGAGUAUUCUAAACUGUACGAUUUUAUUAGUCAAAAGAAACUGCAUGUUAGCAAUACGGGUAAAGAUAAUAAGGGCGGCUAUAAGGAUGUUGAUUUCGGUGAUUCGGAUAAUGAAAAUGAACCCGAUGCCUAUUUGGCACGUGUUAAAGCUGAAGCACAAGAGAAAGAUUCCGAUGAUGAUGAGGGUUCAGAAGAAGAAUCUACCGAUGAAGAUUUCAAUCCUACCGGUGACGUAUCGGAUGUGGCAGAGGAAUACGAUUCAAAUGCUCAAAGUGAUUCGGAUGAUUCAGAUGCUAGUGGCAAAGGUAGUGGCAGUGAUGGUGGUGGUGAGAAGAAGCAUAAGAAGGAGAAGAAAGAGAAAAAAGAAAAGGUGGAGAGAAAACAGAAAUCGAAAAAACCCACCAAAAAGAAAGAUUCCAACAAACCCAAACGAGCCACCACCGCCUUCAUGUUGUGGCUCAAUGAUACACGUGAACAAAUCAAAAAAGACAAUCCUGGUAUAAAAAUAACUGAAAUUGCCAAAAAAGGCGGUGAAAUGUGGAGAGAACUAAAGGAUAAAUCCAAAUGGGAAGAAAAGGCAGCCAAGGAUAAACAAAGAUAUUUAGACGAAAUGAAAGACUAUAAACCAACAGCCGAUGACAGUGAUGAUGAGGAGAAAGACAACACCAAAAGUAGUAGUAAAGCGGCAAGCAAAAAACGUAAAAAGGAAGCAUCACCCACCAAAAAGGCGGCAAAUACCUCAGGAUCAUUUAAAUCUAAAGAAUAUAUAUCAGAGGAUGAUUCAUCAUCAUCGGAGGAAAGCAAGAAAAAGAAAGAUAAAUCUGGCGAGGAAGAUUCAGAGCCAGAAAAGAAGAAGAGUAAAAGCGAUAAAUCUAAAUCGAAGGGCGAUAAAAAACAAAAGAAACCAGCCAGUGAGGAGGAAGAGGAUGAAGACGAUGAGGAAGAAGCCUCCGCUUCUGAAGAAGAAUCUGAGGAAGAAGAGGGCAGUGAUUAAUUUAAAAACUCCCUUUAACACUAACUUUCCUCCUAAUCAUUCAUCUGUCGUCGUAUUUAAUGUUAUUUUUAAUAAAAUUCUAUGUUAAUUUAGUCUUAUAAGUCUGUAGGAUUUGUUUUCUUGAUGAAAAUUAAUUGCUCUAAUCGCUUCACAUUUGAAAAGCGUUGAAAAUACAAACUUUGUUUAUUACUUUUUUUUGUAAACUACAAAAUAAAUUUAUGAUUUUUUUAAGACAUAA